UGUGAGAGUCUAGUGUGAGAGGUAAACAUCUCCUCCCCCGCUGCAGAACAGCAUCAGCAUCUCCAGUGUUUGGAGCGGGAGAAAAUGGAGCCUGAUUGAAUGUGAGAGCAGGCGGAAGAAAGCAGAAGCGGCGGAGGGAGGGCAGUGAGCAGCACAACUCCGCUGCUGCAGUAGCAGGGCAUCAAUUUUGUAUAAUCGUCGAGUGCAGCAGCAGCGCGUUCGCUCGCCAGCAUCAGAGCUCAGGCUUCCCUGUCUGUGCCAUUGCCUCUGCACCGCGGAGCAUGGAGAGCCGCUCGCGCCUCGCUUGGCCACCGAGUGAUGGAAGGCGAUCCGGGCGGGCUCUGUAGGCAUGUCCGCGUCCGAUUCUAGCGCUGCGCUGCUCAGCUGCAAGAGUUCAGCAGAUUCCUACACAAGUCGACCAUCGGAUUCCGACCUGUCCCUGGAGGAGGACAAGGAGGCGUCUCGGCGUGAGGCCGAGCGCCAGGCACUGCUCCAGCUCGAGAGGGCCAAGACCAAACCUGUGGCAUUUGCAGUAAGAACCAAUGUCAGCUACUGUGGGGCUCUCGAUGAAGACUGUCCGGUUCAGGGUGCUGCCAUCAACUUUGAAACCAAAGAUUUUCUACAUAUAAAGGAGAAGUAUAAUAAUGACUGGUGGAUCGGGAGGCUGGUGAAGGAGGGGGCAGAUAUUGCCUUCAUCCCCAGCCCUGUUAAACUGGAGGCCAUGCGGAUCAAGCAGGAACAGAAAGCAGCUCAGAGGAAAAUGGGCAAUGCGUCAUCUGGGGGCUGGAGAUCCACUCCUCCCUCUGCAGCCAAACAGAAGCAGAAGCAGACUGAGCAUGUUCCUCCCUAUGAUGUGGUUCCAUCCAUGAGGCCUGUUGUUCUGGUUGGCCCCUCGUUAAAAGGAUAUGAGGUGACUGAUAUGAUGCAGAAAGCCUUGUUUGACUUCCUGAAACACAGGUUUGAUGGAAGGAUUUCUAUCACCCGGGUGACUGCAGAUCUGUCUCUGGCCAAAAGAUCUGUUCUGAACAAGAAAGCGAUCAUGGAAAGGUCUAACACACGCUCCAGUCUGGCGGAGGUGCAGAGUGAGAUUGAGAGAAUAUUUGAGCUGGCUAAGAGUUUGCAGUUGGUGGUCUUGGAUGCUGACACGAUCAACCAUCCCGCACAACUACUCAAGACUUCCCUCGCCCCCAUCAUCGUCUACGUCAAAGUGUCCUCUCCAAAGGUCCUUCAAAGACUCAUUAAGUCCAGAGGGAAAUCUCAAAGCAAACAUCUCAACGUCCAGAUGAUGGCAGGAGAUAAACUGGCACAGUGUCCACCGGAAAUGUUUGAUGUUAUACUGGAUGAGAAUCAGCUGGAGGAUGCGUGUGAGCACUUGGCUGAAUAUUUAGAUAUAUACUGGCGCGCCACUCAUCUGCCAGGCUCCGCUCCGCUGAACCCGCUGGUGGAGCAGAAUGUGGUCACACCUCCCUCUGCCAACUCCAGCCAACAGUUCUCAGAGACGCAGGAGCUUAUUGAAUGAGCACGACCACAAGUAAUGAGUUGACAAAGAACAUUCCAGUAAAACAAGCCCCAGAAUAAUCCUUGAAGUCCAGCCACUCACUGCCCCAGAACCGUCCGGGGCGCUCAGAGGAGGAGCGAGGGCCAGCGGAGCAGCGGAUCGACAAACCCCAGCCUCCCUGCCCUGCACAAACACGUGUGUCGUCCUUUACACCUCAGGACCACCUUGCUGCAGGCCUUCAGCCAACACAAACACACACACUCAACUGGUCUGAAUGUCCCUGCUGAGACCCACUCUGAGAUCAUCAGGGGUUUCCCACAAGUCCUCAGUGGUGCCGUCAGUCUGCCUGCUUCUGCCAGCCUGACUCAUAUCUCUGGGGUGAGGCUGGCACUGGCAUCAGAUCAUCUGUAUAACCUGCUCUCUUAAAAAAGGGCCACUCACAUCCUCUAACACAACUGCCAGUCUCCACCACCUGCAUCGCUUUUGCUUUGAUUUGAAGCUGUAUUAGUAUAUCAGAGUAUACUUUGUAUGUUGGAGUAUGCACAGUUGAAUACACAAGCUUUCAAAAUCAACGUCAUUUGAUACCCUUACGAAAAUUAACCAUGGUUUUAUUAUAGUAAAAGUAAACUGUAUUUAAUUAAAAACUAAUUCAUUUGAAAUUGUAUAAUGAAAGUAAACUGUUUGAAACUGUAGUUGUGUGAACAAGUCAUAGAUUUACAUUGAAAAAUAAAAGAUUCACUGAAUUGGUAUCACUUUAUUUUGACUGUCCCUUUAACACAUUUUGUUGAUUAUAAGUUACAUUGAAACUAUAUGGCAACUGAUUCUCAUUAGAGUUUUAGGAGACUGCAAAGUAGUUGCAAAGUUUCUUAUAGUCAGUUGAAUGUCUGCUGGUGGAUAAGUGUCAGCAGAUAUUAAGCAAACACUCUAUUAAUACUCUAAUGAGAAUUAGUUAUCAUGUAGAUGCAAUGUAACCAAUAGUCAACAAAAUGUGCGAAAGAGACCAAAACAAAGUAUUACCAUUGGAUUUAAGGAUUUAUAUGGGGUGAAUUUAAAUGAACAAAUUAAAUUUAGUUAUGUUCAAUAUAAUUUGUUUGUCUAAAUUUAGCUUGUAUAAAUAGUUUGCAGCCACUUACCUUAAGAUUUUCUAGUAAAUCCUAUUAAUCAUUUUUUCGGUGUGGUUUCUGUUCAUAGUUUAGAGGAGCGAGAAGAGAUUCUAGAGAGAAAUUGAUUGGACUUAAAAUCUGACAACAAGCAUAAGUGCAGAGUGAUGUCAUCAAACUGAAGGUACUGAAAAUGUACUGGAAAUACUUAAUAAACAAAUAAUACCAUUUGUAACAUCCAUGGCUGGUAAGAAAAAAACAUAACUAUAAAACUAUAAAAAAUGCAAUAAAGUAAAAAAAAAAAAAAAAACUUAACAAGAAAUUAGCAGGUUAUCGUCUUCUUCCAAAUAUCUUCACUGCAUCCAACGUCUGAUUCCGCUCGCGCAACAUUCAAAUAUUCGCGCCUUGAUUUGACCAGCAUUUGACCUCAAUUCAGGCAUUUUGCAACAGUUUUAAUCUUGGGUAGAUUGAACUUGGGCGGAGUUAGUGUAAAUAGCUUCUGCCAACAAGUUGGGUUAUUUACACUGGGUAUUACGUGGGGUUUUAACAAGUGCAAAUAGCCACUCCUAAGUUUUAUUCAAAAUGCAAUGAAUCUUCUAAAUGGCAAUUUCAUAAUUGAUUUGGACCCUACUAGCUAGUUGAUUUGAAGUAAGUCCAGGAUGAUUAAUGGAAAUUAAUACGCAAACACGACUGAGCAAAGCCGUCAUUGUCAUCCACAUCUUAAAAGGGAAGCAUGGCUGUGUGAUCAUUUGUAAGUCUCCUCCGAUCAACAGAGGGCACUUUUGUGCAAACACUUUAAACACCCACAAAGAAGAAACCCAUGAAAUCUCCAUAACGUUGCAUUAUAAACUGUUUAUUAACAAGUUUUAAUGGCUUUCAUUGAUGCAGCGUGACUGAUAAUUACAUGACUAAGGAAUCAUCUCACAAAAGGAUUUAUUUUAAACACCCGAC